GUUUUUAACUAAAACAAAUGGCUGAGGGAAGACAUGGAAAUUCUCCCCUGGAAGACUUUAAUCCAUUAUGUGAAGAACAGUAUGUAUCAGUAUGAUUGAUUACAUUUUAAUAGACUAAUGAAUACGUUUAAAAAAAAUUCUUUGUAAAAUUAUUAUUUAUUUUUAAAAAUAAUGCAUGAAAAUGAACUUAAGGCCUUGGCAAUUGGCCUUUAAUCAUGAAAUUGAAAUCACUUUUAAAACGUUAUGUUAACUCAUUAACUUAACAUCGACAUCAUCAAUCAUUGUAUGAUUGUUUACUUCAACGAAAAUUAAAUAUGAAUCCCGAAGAAUAAUCACUGAUUAAGAUUAGGUGCGUCUAGGCUUAAUAAACUAACGAUUAUUAUUAUUAUAUAGGCUAGGCCUCAAGAAAAUGUAAACCUAUCUAUCUUCUCACUUGGUCAAAAUAAAUUCUCAAAGAUUAAAUUAAGGUUGUCUUAAAAAAUUAAAAGAAGAAACCCCCUUGUGUAAUGCCUCAGUGUCAACUUAGGCGAUCUCUUAACCCUCAUUUGUCUAUUUGUACAUGAUAGAAUAAAAUGGAACAUGAUUUAUUACAAAAAUAAAUGAAACUCAACUUAUUACUUGAAUAAAUUCAAUGAUUGUUCCAACCGGUUAACCUAAUCCAGCCAGAGAUAUCACAGUAUUUUGGAAAUUUAUAAAAUAGGAAAAGUUUUAUAUGCUAUACUAUAAAUAAAGUCUUUACUCAUUAUUGAUCUAUUAUUCUUUAUGUGAAUGCGAUGGAUGGGCUCAGUUGGUCGUACCUCUUGAUUGCUAGACAAACUGAAGUAUGAAGCAGCGAUUUCCAUUGCUCUCAAAAACAGAGAUUCUGGAAUCUGUGAUCUAUGAGACUAUGAGAGCAUGGGGUUUGAUUUGAUUCAUUGUAGUAAUGGCUGUGUUAAAUGACUUGUGCAGGUGAUGGAUUCUUUAUCAAUCAGAUUUUGGUAAUGAAUGGCCGAGACAUCUUUUUUUUCUUUCUAAACAACAAACUCAUAGUAGGAGCAACCUAAUGUGGGUUUCAUUAACAACUUCUCAACAAAGCAAAUUAUUCCCACCCCCGCCCACAUACACACCUAUUCAGUGCAUGUUUCAUGCAACAACACAAAGCUUACAUAAUUGACCAAAGGUACAUAAAUGAGAAGCAAAGAUUCUUAGUUUGCAAAGCUGACUCAUUAUUUGUAAUUCAAACACUGCUCCCUUAUGUGAAAAGAAUUGCUAAACACACAUCAUGUUUUUCAGCUCUUUUGUGGGGCUCAUACUGAACUGCUAAUGUUAGCAGUUCACAGUGCACACAUUAUCAUGGUUGUUAAUCACCACUGGUACUUCUGUUUGUGUUAAUCGCCACUGGUACUUCUGUUUGUGUUAAUAGCCACUGGUACUUCUGUUUGAAAAUUAGAUUAAAGGUUUUCGCUCACUUGUGUUCCUGAAACAAUGAUAUUAACUCUUGCUGAUCUAUACUAGAUGCUGACAAUCAAAUCAGUUUCUCACCUUUCUCUAGAGUAAUUAAUUUUAACUUAAGAAACAUAUUCCUGAUAAAUUUUCACCAGCACUCCCUUUUUUGUUCUAAGCACCUUUCCCUGCUAAUUUUAGCAACCGCUGCCCAAGACCACAGCUUCUUCGUAAGCCUAUAUUAUUGUUUAAUUCUAUAGUUAACUAGGUGAGAUGAUGUGAAUCUGUAAUUUUAAUUUUGACCCUAAAUAUGUCCUAAUUUUAAUUGGUCAAAAGUGAUGGAUUAAGGGCUCAACAAACAGGAUGAUGUGUGUCUACACACUUUGUCAGAUCACAAAACACAUAAAUUUCCUCUUAAACAGAAAUGGGUCAUAAUCUUUCACUUUUUCCCAGGGAUCAUUAAAAUUAACUCACAUCUUAACUGCUUAAAACCAAACAAAACACCAAGUUGCCCCAUCUGCAAGCAAAGUACGACAUCACCACCUUUUAUGUCUUCAGAAUUUACAGCUUAACUAUCUACCACAAUUACCAUAUUACAAGAAGACCUUAUAUUCAGACAUUGGCCAAAUAAGAAACACCUGCAUAAUUUUCACCUUAGCUGUAGGGCCAUCUUCAAUUUACUACUGGAUCAGAAUUGUGAGGAGGAAGAUUAGUCAGAAGUAGUGACACCAAAAAAUGUAUCAUUGGGACCAAUAAGACUUCUGCAGUGUGUCAUAGGUUGGAAGAGACUUUUUAAAUUGCUUAAUCUUUGGGCCCAUAGCAUAAGCCAAUACAAAUUUAAUCCUCAGGUUUACUGAAACUUACCUACAGCAAGCUUCAAAUGGAGAUGAUAGCUGGCAGGAAGACCUGCAAUCACCAAAAGGAAGUGAUGAGGACGGAUCUGUUAGUGAUGUAGAUGAAGGCAGACUGCUUGGACAACAGUAUUCUAUCACCCCACCAUCAAUACCAAGAGUAAGAAUACGUGAAAAGGGUAAAGGACGGAGCGUGGAUAGAUCUUACAAGGAGUUCCUUAUAAACAAACGCCAGCAGCAACCCAAGUCAGAAAUCAAUAUCAUUAAAGAUGAGUACCUCACUGAUCCGGCACUUUGCAACCUUAUUGAGUUUGAUUCGGAUGAUAAUUUGGAUAAAGAUUUAAUAAGAGAGAAAAAAGAGAAAAAAAAGAAAGAGACUAAAGAGAUGAAGAAAACACUUUCCAAAAUCCGUUUAAAUGAUAGGCAAGAAAAAAGACUCUCUGAAGACUUUGGCAUGCUACAUGUCAGUGAUCCACUGGACCAGUCACACAUACAGGUUAAACUUGAAGGAUCCGGGAGGUUUUCCCACUUGAGGACAAAACCAAUCCCUCUCGUGAGCCCAGAAAGUAGAGUGAGGCGCCAGAUAGCAGAUGCUCCUACUUGCCCAAAGGCAAGAGAAGAAUUUCAUACUAACUUUUCUUUACUAAUAAAGCUAGGCACAGAACUAAAAAAAGAUAAGGAAAAUAAUCUUGCCACACACAGAAAUGCAUUCCAUGAGUUAAUAAAGCAGAGAACAUCUUUAAUAGAGCAAAUUUGGUUGGAGUUGCAGGCGUACCUUAAUAACAAAAUUUCGCCUGAAGAGCAAAGUGAAAUUUUAAAGAAUGAGAGGCAAGUUCAUGAGCAGGUCAUUGAUGAAAUCAACAAAUUUUGUUUUGCU